AAAACUACAUAUAUACCCCUCCUUCCCUCCCAGCGGCCCUGCCCAAUUGUUAAAGCAUCUUUUAUUCUUCGUCUUUUUACCCCACUGUUAGGUAUAUUAGCAGCUAGUAUGACCAAAAGUAUAUAUGAAACAACAAGUCGGAGCUAGCCUGAGAAUGACGAAACAACAAGGAGCCCCUUUUGGCUCACGACGUCACGAUUGCCGCCGCCGGCGCCGCCACGAUGAAUGGGCGGCAGGUAUCAAAUCCGAAACCAUCACCGGCGACGGUGAAAAUAGGAUCUCCAGAAGAUACUCUGCAUCUCACGCAACCAGCAGUUUCAGAGAAGAAGAAGAAGAAGAAGAUAGGACGGCCUUUAUCAAUAAUAAGUCGUCGGCCUCUUCCAGAUCAAACUUCACCAUUUCCAGCACCGUCUCUUCUCCGGGCUUCAACUUCAAAGGUAAAUUACUGCCUCCUGUUGCCUUUUUUUUACGGAAGAAAUCGACCUUUCCUCGUAUUCUUUUACCACCGCCCUCAAAGCGUUACAGGGGCGGAGAUGGGAGGGCAUGGGCAGAGGAGAGGGAUUAGCGUUGAACUCAAAGUGGAACGAGGCGGAGAAAUACAUAUGCAAUCCAUUGUCAGGGGAGGUGCCGGUGGAAUGCCUCUCUGCAAACACACGGCUCUGUGGCGGCGGCGGCGGGAGAUCCUUCCGGUCAUCGUCGGACCGGCUAAGCACCCGCCGGGUUUCAAUGUCCGCCCCUCUGUUUUAUCCUCCCAAACCCCAUAAUAAUCUACUGCACCACCCUCAUCAACAACACCAUCUUCUUCUUGGAAUCAUAACAGAUAAAAACCCCGCCGCCCCCGGCAUUCCAAACAAUAUACAGAAGGGGGAGAAAAUGGCAACAACAUGUCAUCAUCAUCAUCUUAAUGGUUCAAAAACAUCAAGAAAUUGUAGUCCAGCAGCAGCAGCAGCCCCAACCCCAUCGUCCAUUAUUAUUCAAGAGAGCUCAGUAAUUAUGAGGACUCAUUCUCCUCCCUCUUCCUCUACUGCAAAAGUACAAUCUCAUGAGGAAAAGAGAGAAGAAAUAAAAGAGUCAAGGAAGAAGGAAGCUGCAGAGAUCACCGGAAAAAAUGACUUGGGAGAGAAAGGGAAGCAAGAGACGGCGGCAGUGUCGGAGGAGCUUAGGCGGAGGAGGCCAGGAGGAGGGUGUUUGUCGUGGAGGCGUUUCUUGUGGAUGAGAAAAAGGGAAAGAGAUAAGGAGAAACUUAGAGGACCUACGAAAAAUAAGAAUAGUCAUUAUAGUAGGAACAUCUUUCUUUGCCCCAUUCAUCAAUGGUAAUUAAAAAAAGAUUAAAUUUUAUAAUUGGUUCUUUGUAAACAAAGAAAUUUUCAUAUUUAGUCAUUCUAUCAAAUAUUA